AUGGCCACCGUCCUUCUCCCCGGCGAGGAACUGGAUUCUACUCUUCUCCCAAAAGUGAACAAGAAAGGCCAUCUCACACUCGGUCCUGGACUAGGAUUUGUCCCUCCUCAAACCAUCCUCUCCACCACCGCCGGCACUCUCCACGUCGAUUCCAAGAAAUCUGCACUAUGGAUUGAGCAUUCUCAUGGCCGUUAUUUACCCUCGGUCGGCGAUCUCGUCGUGGCUCAAAUCCACCACUCCGCCGCAGAAGUCUACUACUGCACUCUCACUCCGCACACAACCCAUGCUGUGUUAGGUCAAUUAGCCUUUGAGGGUGCCAACAAGAAGAAUCGUCCGCAAUUGAAAACUGGAGAUGUUGUAUAUGCUCGCGUGAGUAAAGCCAGUAAAUGGGAGGAUGUAGAGGUGGAAUGCGUGAAUUCAAAUACGGGCAAGGGAGAGGGUAUGGGACCGCUGGCUGGUGGGAUGGUGUUCGAUGUCAGUCCGCAGUUUGCGAGGAGGUUGAUGAUGGGUGUUGAUAAGAAGGAUGGGAGGAGKUUGGGUGGAGUGGUUGUUCUGGAGGAGGUCGGAGAGAAACUGAGGUUUGAGGUUGCAGUCGGCAGGAAUGGACGGGUCUGGGUGGACAGUGGAAGCGUGAGGGAGACGGUGGUGAUUGGCAGAUUACUACGAGAGGCCGAUGAAGAGGGACUUGGUGUGGAAGAGCAGAGGAGAGCGGUGAAGAAGGUGCUCAAGGAGCUUUGA